AACUUUAUUUAUUGUUAUUAUUAAACUAAAAUCUCCAGUAUGGGGAAGUGGGAUGAGCUCGACUUUUCUCGACAUCCUUCAUGACUUUACAUCUACAGCUCAGUUAAAAGCUUCAUUAAUUGGUCAAAGGUCACCAGGAGUCAUGGCGAUGUAGAGCUGUGUGUCAUGCUGUGCCUCUCCUCCACCCAGUUUUCUACUUUUACCAGAAAGAUAACGAUGCUUCUUUCUUUUUACUGAUUUAUUGAAGCAUGGCCUCUGACCAAUGUCUUCUCUUUGACCAUCUAAAACUGAAGGCAACAAUUAUAAUUAUCACACCACUGUUACACAAAACAAAGAGAUAAUUAUAAAUUUCCUCAUUAACCAAUACUUACGGACAAAUCUUGUCCAAAACAGCAACGCAUCAACGUUGAUAUCAGUUUAAUUCAGGAACUCUCCGGCAUUACGUUCCGCCAUCUUGGAUCCGUCCGCAUUCUCAACCAAACGUUGUCUCAAAACAACCACCAGGGGGAGUUCUAGGGCUGUUCACCAAAACUAGUUAAUCCAGUUUAAGUUAGUAAAGGCAGAACGCGUUUCCUGAUGACAUCACCCAACAGUAAUUUUUAAACUGACCAGACAAUAAAAAUACCGAGCACUAGGAACUGAACAAUAUAUAAAACACAAUACAGUCGUUAAAAUAAAUAUCAAAGUUAAGACAAGUGAGCAGUGACAUAAAUACUUGAUUGUGCUAUAAAAUGGAACUAAAAUACAUAAAUCUGUCUCUUUUAGAGAUUGUUUUUUCACGUGGUUACCUCAUCUGGUGCUGGAUGCCGUGCAGCUAAGAGGAUUUUUGUUUUUAUAUUUUUAGACAGUUAUGAUGUGCAAACAUAGAAACAAGGUGUUUUCACACGUGGUAUCAUCGACUACGAUAAUAUCAGAAGAGUUGAGAUGUUCAUGCAGAGCAGAGAGAAGGAAGUUAAACCUUCUCCUCCAUUGAUCAUAACCUGAGAUCUCUGGCAAACUAAAUAGAUGAACUUCAAGCGUUGCCAGAACCAAACCAGAGUAUUAUGAAAGCAGUUCGAUGUGAUGCUUCAGAUCUUCUAUCAGUCUGUUGUGGAGACUAAUCUCUUCUGCAGCAUCAGAACCGCUGACUUCAAAAAGAUCAACAUGCUGAUCAAAGAAAGGAUUCUUCAGAAAAUGAAGAAUAAUAGAUAACUGUGAGAAUGCUCUUCAUUCUUCAGAGGCUUCCUAAUACUCACUGUAACACUGACCUCUACAGGAGGUGCUUCCUACCCACAGCAACUACACAACUCUGAAGAAAGUUGGCUUAAUUUCCCUUUAGAGUAAAUAUUUUUUUAGAUGAGGAGGUUUUAUCAUGGUUUAUUCAAGUUCAGACAUGACUGAUCGAGCUGGAUUCCACCGCUACUUUAGGAAAAACGGAUCUCCUUCUCAGGUUUCAUCCCCACUUUGUGGGAUUGGUUGGCUUAGCAGGUCGGUAGAGACAGGAAGAGACCAGAGCAGAACAUUUGCUGCAGAUGGUUCAGGCAAGCAGCAGAGUUAAACCUCCUGUAGGCCUGAAAGGAGGCGGCCUCCAGUCUGACAGGUUGGACCAGGAGUGGGUGGAGUUUCUGCAGAAACCUUUUACUGUCAGUUGUUCUGGUAUUUCAGCUGCUGCAAUGGCGGAGGCCAGGCCUUCUUUGUCUAUUGAGGAGCUUUCAGAUGACAGGCCUCCUUCCCAUAGUGAGGAGAGUCCAGACCAAGACGAAACGUCUUCCUCCCCUACUGGAUGGAGUUUUAUUAAGAGUUGCAUGGGAAAGCCCAAGAGCAUUUGGUCAUUUUUCCUCGAUCUUCUGGGUCUCCUAUUGUUUCUUCUCGACAUCGUUUUGGACUUCAAGACUCUGGUGAUGUUUGGCUUGAAUAGGGAGUAUGGAUACUUCGCUGUUCUGCUGAUUCUGCUCGUGGGCUCGGCCGUGCUCACACACACUUUCAGCUGGCUCUGGUACAAAGGUGAUGAGUUUGCCAUGAUGACCAACCUGGAGAGGAUUCUGUAUCCCAACCUUGGAUUUCUGCACAUCUUCCAUUUAGGAAUCUACACCAGGCAUGCAGCCAUUGCAACGGCUUCAAUGGAAAACGUUCGCUUUCAGUCCGAGAAACUGAAGAAAAUAAUAAAGUACCGUAAACAGGAUCAGAGAAUUCUGGGGAUCUUUGAGGUGUACUCGGAGAGCGCUCCUCAGGUCGUCCUCAUGCUCAGCAUCGCCCUGAGUGACGAUGGCUGGACACCGACUGUCCUCACAGUGCGUAAGAUCCUGGUCUCAUUUGUGAGCAUCAUCUUCUCUGAGGUCAAGUACUACAAGUCAGUCAUGUCCUGCCUCAGUGAGACCAACCAGUACUGGUGCUGCUCUUGUACGACAGUGAUGCGGUUCGCGAUCAUCUUCCUCUGGAAGCUGCUCCUGGUGUUGAGUCGCCUUGUUGCCCUCGCCCUCUUCGCCUCCGUGGAGCCCUGCUUCAUCUUCACCCACUUUGUCUGCUCCUGGCUGCUCCUGUUCUUUGUUGCCUCUUACAUCGAGACGAAACAAGAAGACUCAGUCUUCAGGAAGUCUACCGUUGAGAAGUGGCUGUUCCGAGGCACUGUGGCCCUGAUCUGGUACUUCAGCUGGUUCAGCGGCGUGGUGAAGAGGAGGACCAGCAAACUGAUGCUGUUCUACCACCUCUACAUGCUGGUGGACAUCUGGGUCCUCUGUGGGUUGUGGUACUGGGGAAUUAGCUCAAAUCCGCUUCACUUAGAGAUCUCAUCUUUGAACAUUGCAAUCUUUGCUGGAAGUGUGCCCGUUUUUUAUUUAAUUGGAUUGUUUUGGAAGGCGAUUUAUUUUUAUGGCCUCCAUCCAGAUGUGGAGGAAAAUAAGCUGGAAGAAGACAAGAAAGAGGAGAAGGAGAAAGAAGAGAAGAGAGAUAAGUGGAUGUGUGUGAAGAAACAAAAACAACUCAUCUUUAUGAAAAUCAUCUUCUAUCUCUUUUAUUUGUUGCCUGGCUUUAGUAAAUGUUUUAAAAACCUUGAAUCUGGUCCCAGCGAACCGCCUUGCAGCAACAGGAGGAUGGAGGUACUGGCCAAGAGUUUCUACAUAAAACAAGCUGACAAGCUUUGAGGAUUCUCAGUAGGUUUUCUGCUGCAGGUGACUGAUGAAAGGAAAGUUCAUCUCUGACUCAAGAUGCAACUAUUGCGAUGACCUCUGACCUGACCCUCCAGAGCCACAUGAAGCCGGUUCCUCAGUGGACCUUCCAGCAGCUGCAGGACAUUCAGGCCCAGAGGACGAAAGUCUCCGACCAGAGAAACUCAUCCAGGAUUUAGUGGCUCUGAUUCCUGCAGCAGGUCAGACUGAGACCAGAAGCUGCAGCUGG